CCUCCUCUUAGUGUCCUUUCACCUCAUCUUCGCCCCCCCACCUCAUUCAUUUUCUGCCCCAAUUCCCUCCCCAGUUCCCUUCCAAUUCCCUCCCCAAUCCUCUUCCCCACCGACCUAGCCAAACCUUCUGCUCACAAAACUAUGCGGUUGACUGGUCCACGGUAUCGAGCGGCGGGCGGCUCCAACGAAAACGACUCAAAUGCCAUUCUUCAGGCAGUGUGGCCCCCUCCUGAACGCAUCCGAUUCGUUCUGGUUGGUUUGGAAGUGUCCUGCUUGGUUGCAAUCACAAUCGUCAGGCUUGUCUUGAUUUCUCCUUUCCUCCCUACCUAGCUCCCUUCCUUCUUCUCUUUCUUUCUUUUCUUUUUUUUCUAGACGGAAGUAAAACGCGGGAGAUAUUUCACAUCUCCUACUCUCAACUAGGUAGUUAAUUAUCUUCGACCGACUUGUCGACCUAGUAUCCACUCCAGGAAACUGGACCAAACACCACGACGGUUGCCAAGCCCGGAAAUAGCAACCGUAGGGAAGUGAUUGAUUGUAGGAUCAAUAUUUAAUCAAUAGUCAGAGGGGAUUAGGACAAU